AUGCACACAAACCCGAGCACGAGGGCAGAUAGCUUGAUGAUCUCAAAAGAAACUUACAUGAGCUACAACAACGCAUUUCAGGCAGGUUUGAACGCUGCAUCCGCACAGAGCGCCAGCGCAAAGAUGUUGGAGGUGAAGAAAGAAGCUUCUUGGCAGCUCGGGAUCAAGUACUCCAGAAGUGCUUCUGGUUUUCUAUACAUACAUGAGGUCAUUCCUGGCACUCCAGUGACGCGCGCGCGCCUUCUUAGGUCAAAACCGCAAUGGGCGAAAUGGAACGGGUGGGAAUCAGGAAUAGGAAAUGGUGCUGGAGGCUUCAAGGUCGUCUGCGUGACAAGUCUGGGACAAGAUCGCUCGGUGCGAUGGAACAUUUCGAACAACAUCAGCGAUCAACUAUGGCUUGACAUCGUUCGCGAAGCUACGAGCAGGUCUAGAAAGGUUGAGAUUGAAGUCGAGCAGGAGGUGAAAGUGCAAGGAGACAAGAAGGAAGUCUGGACAUUCUCCCUCCUUUGCCUCGCAGACUCAAAGGAGCAGGACGUCUUGACGAAUUCUUUCAGAUCCAUCAGGUCUUCCAACCACGAGGACUCCUAUACGAAUCAGAGCCUGCUCGCUCAGAACCACAACAGUGUUGACGUGGACCCGAACCAAACUCUCCUUUCACAAAACCUCACGAUGAAGUCCCUCUCUUCUUGCUCGACGCUCCACAGCUCCACCAACUCCGAGCCCAGCGACCGGCUGAACAAGCGGAGAAGAGUACCCCAGGUGCUGACGUACAAGAUUGUCAGCGAUGACCUGCUGCGGGUUGUUUCUGAGGGAGUGGACCCUUCCUCUCUGCCUCUUUUUGUGCUGGAGGACAAGCUCAAGUCCCUCCUUCUCUCGAGGCUACAAGAUGACAUCGAGAAUGCAAGGAAGAAGAACGAGGAGGAGAGAAUGAUUGCAAAGGUGAAGUCUGAGGGCUACCACCAGUGUCCUCCCCUCACAGAAUUCGCGCAGGAGCAGGCGCUGGAGGAGUCUCAGAAGAGUCUGGAGAGGAUAGAGAUCGCAAUUCGAGAAUCGUACAGGUCAAGGAUGGUGGAUGAGGAGUCAAGCUCCAACGAGCCCAAGUCGCCGAGCGUGCUGACUGUCAAAGUCAUCGGAAGGGAUGACCAUCACCUGCCACCUCCUCCAGUGACUCUGCAGAGCCCAACUGCUUCCCUGACGGAGGCUGUGACAGAGGACAUGCAUCCACAGGAGGAGACGGACUCAGUCGCGCCCCAAUCAGACGCAGACGAGGCGGCAACGUUGGAUGACACGGAGAGUGUCCACGCAGUCAUUGCGGACCUUGUCUUCGUGCAAUGA